CGUUUUUAAAAUUUAAGAUAUAAAAAAAUACUAACACUCAUAUUCCCAAAAAAAUAUUUUUACAUAGUUUAUUAACCAUAGCCUCAUUUUAGAAAUAAAUGAGUAGGAGCGUGUGCAUUAAAUAAAACGCUACCUGAGAGAAACACGUUCUCCCAAAAGUCGUUGCGAAACACACACAGUACAACACUGCAUUCUCUGUUUCAUCUCUUCAUCUUCAACUACUCUGAAAUACCAAACCAUAAAACGCUGCGUUGCGUUUAUUCUGUUUUGAUUUUUCAACUCCUCUCUGACCUAACUCCACCAUGGCCAUCGCCGGCCACCACAAACCGAACCCCGACGCUAACCUCUUCCGCCUUUGUCCUUUUUGGAGUUCUGGCAACACACAGAACCAAUCCCAAGCAAACGCUCAAAAAUCCCCCAAAACGGUGUCGUCUGUAGCGAGGUCGUUGUUACUACCUCCCCGCCGUAGACUCCGUCUUGACCCUUCCAAUCACCUCUACUUUCCAUAUGAACCGGGUAAGCAGGUUAAAAGUGCUGUUCGAUUAAAAAACACUAGCAAGUCUUGUGUUGCUUUCAAGUUUCAAACAACUGCACCAAAAAGUUGUUACAUGCGGCCUCCUGGUGGCAUUCUUGCACCUGGAGAAAGUGUUAUUGCAACUGUGUUUAAAUUUGUGGAACAACCUGAAAACAAUGAAAAAAUGUCAGACCAGAAGAACAAGGUCAAGUUCAAAAUCAUGAGUCUCAAAGUGAAAGAAGGGGUGGACUAUGUGCCUGAGCUGUUUGAUGAACAAAAGGAUCUAGUUACAGUGGAACGAGUCUUGGGGGUUGUAUUUUUAGAUCCAGAACGACCAAGUCCAGCUUUGGAAAAACUGAAAAGACAAUUGGCUGAAGCUGAUGCUGCACUUGAAGCUCGGAAGAAGCCUGCUGUGGAGACAGGUCCUCGAGUUGCUGCUGAAGGUCUUGUCAUUGAUGAAUGGAAAGAACGAAGGGAAAAGUACCUGGCCCGACAGCAAAUUCAAACAGUAGAAUCAGUGUAAAGCCCAAUUUGUUCUUCCAGCUUGUGCUUUUCUUCAGAGAACAAUAAACCAAGAUGUUAGUGAUGUCGAUUUUUUCGCAACCAACCUUGGAUGAGAUUCAAGAUAUAACAUAGUCUGUUGGUAUUAUUGUGAAUGUUCUUGUUCUUUGGAAGAAAAGUCAUAUCUGUAUAUAGUAGAAUUUGCUUGUUUGUAAAAUAAAUGCUAGUGUUCACAGCCAUCCUUGUGAAAUAAUGUUAAAAUAACAUAUUAUUCAUGAUCA